AUGGAUGAUACAGCAGCACACAUGGAUUUAGAUUUGGAGCUCGAUGCUGAAUUGGAGAGAGAACUUGCCGCAGAUUUGGAAUCGAGCACAACAGCACCACAAGCAACCAAGGAGUUAGACGUGAAGCCCAAACUAGACAUGAUGCUCGUUGGCGAUGAGCCCACCGACCGCUUUGAAGCAUUGCCUAGACCAACAGCCAUUUUUCUGCACGGCGUCGAUGAGAUGUCCACUACCGACAUUACAACAUACACAAACUCACCACUGUUGGUCAAGGUUGAAUGGAUCAAUGACUCGUCCUGUAAUUUAGCAUUCAAGACAAAAGAGGACGCCUCACAAGUAGCUCAAACGCUCUUGAGCCAGCCUGUACCAGCAUUGGAUCAUCGCACGCUGGUUGCAGCCAAACCUUUCCAGAAUCAUCCCCUGUCGAUCCGCAUAGCUACCGAUGAAGAUAUCAAGGAGCGAGGCGCUCGUGAACGCAGUCGAUACUACUUGUUGCACGGUGUAGAGGAUCAGCCCUUGAGCGAAGACAGAAGAGAAGCACGCAAAGCACAUGUGGAGCGAAUGCAAAAGAAUGGCGGUGAUGGACGUGAUGUGUUUAGUCGAUUGGGAUCCAAGGUGCCUCCUGUCGAAAGACGCAGCAGUCGAAAUAGAAGUCGAUCUCCCGCAAGAUCAGAAGGCAGAAGCAUAAAACGAGAGAGAUCCGUUGAAAGAGAGAUUCCUAAUCACUUGAAGAGUCGUUUAGGAAUGGCGGUCAAGCCUGAAACAAUGGCUACAGACGAGACAGAGAAAGAGCCUGUGGUCAAGGAUGAAAUGUUGUAA